ACGUGAGGUGGCAGCGGGGGGCGGGUCCGGAGCCCGCGCGAGCGAAGGGAAGUCGCUGCUCGAGCUUCUCCUCAUCACAGCGGCGGAGCGAUGUCGAACGAUAACCGGGAAGGCGCCCAUAAACGGGCCCGGCCCACCAGCCCGGCCGAUGGCUUUCAGACGCCUCAAAAGCGCAGCGUUACCGCUACAGGCUCGGCGGAUUCUGUUAAGCUCAAUUUUCGAUUCUGGGACACGGAGCAGCUGUGCGUCUUCCUUCAGGAACAGGGCUUGGAAGCUGCGGAGCUGCAGUGCUUUCGAGAACAUAAAAUAACCGGUUCAACUGUACCAUAUCUCACUGAACCUCAUCUUGAAAAAAUGGGAAUUCGAGCUGUAGGAGUGAAAGAGAAGCUGCUAGUUUGUGUGCGCCAACUGGCACAAAGUCAAAGUCAAACUGAUAUAACAAAAGUAUUUAAUGAUCCAAUCCAUGGUCAUAUUGAAAUGCAUCCUCUUCUUGUUUGCAUUAUUGACACACCUCAAUUUCAGCGUCUACGAUAUAUUAAACAGUUGGGUGGCACUUAUUAUGUUUUCCCAGGAGCAUCACACAAUCGCUUUGAACAUUCUCUUGGUGUUAGUCAUCUCGCAGGCCGUUUGGUGCAGGCGUUGCAAGAACGACAACCGGAACUGAAUAUUGAUCAAAGGGAUAUUCUCUGUGUUCAGAUUGCUGGACUUUGUCAUGAUUUGGGUCAUGGACCAUUUUCACAUAUGUUUGAUGGAAGAUUCAUUCCACUUGCUCGCCCGGGAUUAAAAUGGAAGCAUGAGCAGGCUUCUGUUCAGAUGUUUGAACACUUAAUCACUUCCAAUAAGCUAAGGUCGAAAAUGGAAUAUUAUGGUCUCAAGUUGGAUGAAGACAUAGAUUUUAUCAAAGAACAGAUAGCAAGUCCUGUUGAGAAGGAAAGGGGGGUUAAAAAGUGGCCCUAUCAUGGUCGUUCCCCAAAAAAGAGUUUUCUUUACGAAAUAGUGGCUAACAAAACAAGUGGCAUUGAUGUUGAUAAAUGGGACUACUUUGCCAGGGAUUGUCAUCAUCUUGGAAUUCAAAACAAUUUUGAUUAUGAACGCUUCAUUAAAUUUGCUCGGGUGUGCCAAGUGAAAGAUAUGAUGCAUAUUUGUACCCGUGACAAGGAGGUUGGAAAUGUGUAUGAUAUGUUCCACACACGAAAUUGUCUGCACCGCAGAGCAUAUCAGCAUAAAGUUGGCAACAUUAUUGAAACCAUGAUUACUGAUGCCUUUUUAAAGGCUGAUCCACAUAUCAAAAUAAAGGGCUCAGAUGGAAAAGUAUUCCAGAUCUCUACAGCACUGGAAGACAUGGAAGCCUAUACAAAGCUGACAGAUGAAAUCUUUUUAAAGAUUCUACAUUCUGAUGAACCAGAGCUGAGUGAUGCACGGGAAAUUCUGUGUAAAAUACAGCAGCGUGAUCUCUUUAAGUGCUUGGGGGAAACACAGCCACCAGAGGGCAAGGAAAUUAAAAAGGAAGACUAUGAUAGAUUGUGUGCUGAAAUUGUUGAGUGCAAACCUAUGGCAAUUUCUCAAGAUGUGGAACUGAGGGCUGAAGAUUUUUUUGUUGAUGUUAUUGAUAUGGAUUAUGGAAUGAAAGAAAGGAACCCCGUCAAUAAUGUUCAUUUCUACUGCAAGCAUGACAUCACUCAGGCAGUCAAAAUUGCAAGAGAACAAGUUUCAAAGCUGCUCCCAGAAAAAUUUGCAGAGCAGAUCAUCAGAGUUUAUUGUAAAAAAAAGGAUACAAGGAUAAUUGAAGCUGCUACAAAAUAUUUUGUUCAGUGGUGUAUGAAUAAGGAUUUCUCUAAACCAACGGAUGGUGAUGUGGUUGCUCCAGAACUUACUCCAAUGAAAAAAGGCUGGAACAAGGAUGAUGAAAAUCAGGUUUCAAACACAAACAGUGCUGCUUUAAAUUGUAAAACAAAACUUUUUUAAAGAUUGAGUUAGUAUAUUCCUUCAAUCUUGUGUGUUUGCAUGUAUCUUUGUGUGUGGAUGUAUUUUAGCCAAACUUUCUCCAAAAGAUAUUCUGUAAAAUUACAGAGUAAGCCUGCAUAAUCCCUUUAAAAAACUGCAGUGGAAAAUACCUGUAGACUUUUUCACAAAAUUGUAUAUUAUUGUGGUUUUGACAAUAGCUGUGCAAAUAAUUUAUCAACAUUAUUUUAGUGUUAAUUUAAGAUAAACAUCACUGUUCUAUAUAGCAAACUUACAAACUUUAAACUUCAGGGAUUAAAAGUCAAGAAACUUAAGAUUUAUAAAUCAUUUUUCUAAAAUAUUCUGAAUACUUCACUGAACCCAGCAUUGUUUUUAUAAGUGUAAAUUUUCUAAAUUUGCACAGGGAGAGCUAACCAAUUUUCAUUAGGCUUUAUCUUCUCCUGAACUGUUGGAAAUGCCCCCCCCCAUUUCAGAGAUGCUUCCUCAAGGGAUGGGGAAAGGGUUUAUAGUAAGUAGGCCUGAGUGAUUUUUAUUUAUUUCAUGUCCAGAUUAAAUCUUAAACUGCCAAAAUGAGGCUACCUUUUUGGCUUUAUCGUUGGCCAGAAACAAAUCACUUUCAGUGCAUUCUACUGGUAGUAAUUGACAGACCAACAAAUGGCCCAGACUCUGCCUCUCCCCACUUUCAUAUUGCACAUUGUUAUCCACCAGCAACCCCCUAUUUGAGCAUGUUGAUUUUACUUUUAGGCACUUCCAUCAUCAACUUUUUCAGUGUCUUCCAACUAACAUAGGGAGAUCAAAUCCCUCAGCCAUGUUCUCUUUUGAGAUUAUUUCUUGUUCCAUAAAUUCUGUUCUCCAUCUUCUAAUUUAGUUUUGCUCCUCCCAUAAAAUUUCCUAGAUUUAAGUCGACGAGUUUGGGGUAUGUAUCCAUUCAGAGGAUGUCGGGGGAUAAUUCUCUCGUUUGGUUCUCAGCGUCUGCUGCUACUUCUCUCCUAAUCCUAGGUAGAGCAAUGCCAGCAAAAGGGUACAUUUUCUUAAUUGGUGUGGGUUUAGGGCAUCUGACAGUGAUGUCAACUUGCUUCGCAUGUGUGGAUGCACUCCAUUCUGGAGUAGCAUAUCCUGCUGCAGAAAUACUCAGGGCCAAAAUCGAUAUCUGCAGUGUAGAUGGCUGAGGCCCCCCCCCCCAAUGUAUAAUUUGUCAGUUUCAUGAAAAUGUUAUUCCUUGCACUAACUUUAGCUUUAGUAUUCAGGCAGUGUUGUUUAAAUUAAAAAUUAAAUCAAAAAUUGGAUUACUAAUAUUCACAAAUAUUCUUUCCACUAGUGCAAACCAUAAACAGUGAAAUGAACUAGUGAAUAAAAUCCAUAACUUCCCUAUCUGAGUAAAUACAUAAAAUAAAAUUUGAGAGUGGGGAAGCUCUUCUGCUACUUGCUUGAAAUUUAUAUAUUUUCUGUGAAAUUAUUCCAUAAUUCUUUAACUUUUAGAUCAUGACAGCUGGUGAAUGUAUAUUGAUUUAGAGCUAAAUAUGCAUUAGCACAAUAAAUAUUACAAUAUUUUAAUAUUAAAGUUAUGAAUAUUUUGAUAAUUGUUUUAAUAAAAGAAACAACUAUAAAACAA